AUGAAGGCUAAAAUUUUGAAUAUUGCUAAUACGAACAACGAUGCCAUCAUCUCACGGCGCGUGCAGAACUUUACAGAUACUAUCCAGGAGAUCCUGAGGCGGGCAGACGCUGGGGAAAAGGUCGAGUCUAAUGAGACGGCACUCCUUAAGCGCCGCAAACUCGCUUCGAUGGAGAUCUCAAAGUUCUUUGAGCUUACCAAAGGCCCAAGCUACGCCGCGGAGCGCAAGAGCAAGGCGGUAGGGGACCUCACCGCGAAGAUGCUUCAGGAUGGCUCUUGGAGUACGACCAACUUCAAGGAGUACAACUUCGACGCGGCAGCCCCGGAUGCCGAUAUCGGGCAGCUGCACCCCCUGCUGAAAAUUCGCCAGGAGUUUCGCGAGAUCUUCAUGGAGCUUGGCUUUCAGGAGAUGGAUACGCAGCACUGGGUGGAGUCCUCUUUUUGGAAUUUUGACUCCCUUUUCAUCCCGCAGCAGCACCCCGCGCGCGAUGUUCAGGAUACUUUCUUCGUUUCUAAUCCUGCUGUGAGCAAAAAUGCACAUCGUUCCUUUAUGGAGCGCGUUCGCGCUAUCCACGAAAAGUCCUUUCGUAUGAAAUGGAAGGAAGAGGAGUCAUCGCGAAAUGUACUCCGCACUCAUACCACAGGGUCUUCUGCAUACACUUUAUACAAGCUCGCUCUUAAGUCGGGGGUGGAUACGGAGGGCCGCUGUAUGUUCAGUCCGGGCCGCUACUACAGCAUCGAUCGAGUCUUUCGCAAUGAGCAGAUGGACCGCACACAUUUGUGUGAAUUCCAUCAGAUAGAAGGCUUUGUUAUCGACCGCAAUAUUUCUCUCGCAAAUAUGAUGCACACCUUUGAUAAGUUCUUCCGUCGUAUCGGGAUCGCGAAGUUGCGCUUCAAGCCCGCCUUUAAUCCUUAUACAGAGCCAUCCAUGGAGAUUUUUGGCUACCAUAACGGCAUGAAGAAGUGGAUUGAAGUGGGUAAUAGCGGUUUAUUCCGCCCAGAGCUUCUGGGACCGAUGGGUUUUGAUGACGGCGUGCAGGUUAUGGCGUGGGGCCUGUCGUUAGAGCGUCCAACCAUGAUUAAGUAUGGAAUAAACAACAUUCACGAGCUAUUUGGUCACAAGGUCGAUAUCAAAUUUAUUAAGAACGCGGCUAUCGCAAGGUUCUAA